UCAACUAUACUAUUUAGUUUCUAGGGGGGUUUAGUUAGGGUAGGGACAAGGGAGUUAUGAAUCGGUAGAUGAGAGCGGUGAGGUGAGGAGAGCAUCCACUGCCAUCCAAGUACAAGGAAUCGUUUGUGUAAUACCUCCGUAUUUUUCGUGACAUAUACCUGGAGAAAGGAUAAAUCAUGGCUCGUACAAAGCAGACCGCGCGUAAAUCUACCGGAGGAAAGGCUCCCCGAAAACAGCUCGCAACAAAGGCAGCACGUAAAAGUGCACCUUCCACCGGAGGAGUCAAGAAGCCUCAUCGUUAUAGGCCCGGUACUGUUGCUCUUCGAGAAAUUCGAAGAUACCAAAAGUCCACUGAAUUGUUGAUCAGAAAAUUGCCCUUCCAACGAUUAGUUCGUGAAAUUGCACAGGACUUCAAAACUGAUCUUCGUUUCCAAAGUGCGGCUAUUGGCGCUCUUCAGGAAGCAUCCGAGGCAUAUUUGGUGGGUCUUUUCGAAGACACUAAUUUGUGCGCUAUCCACGCCAAACGAGUGACAAUUAUGCCGAAAGAUAUCCAAUUGGCUCGGCGAAUUCGUGGUGAACGUGCUUAAGCAGCCUAAUUAUUACAUUAACGAUUACUAUUACUACCUAUCGAUAUGAUUAUCAAUAUUCGUAAAACAGUGGAUAUGAGAAACACUUUUUUCAUUCCCCUAAUUAAUAAUGUUUCAUUGCAUUUCACUAUCAAAAAAAAUCGUAUAGCAAAAUCAUAAUUAGAUGCAUAGAUUGCAAAAUAGCUUUUUAUCAAAAAACAAAAAAAAGAAGGAAAAUUCCCAUGGAAUCUCGUUUUCGAUUUAUUAAUAACAUGUUAUCAAUUUAUAUUCAUCAGCAACCCUUUUUGGAAUCUCAUUCUAAUUACAGUAAUUUUAAAUCUUUUUUGUAUUCAUCAAUUUGCUAAAUUUAAGUUAGUACUACUAUCGCGGUGUUAAUUGACAAAAAAAACAAACACUAGUUUCAUUGAUAAGAUUUGUGAUAUGACAAUUUGAUAAACUUUUUGAAAGAAAUUGAAAAAAAUUUAUAAAAAAUUGAAGCGAAUUCUCUUAAAAGGGUUUUUUCAAUUUCUCAUUUCCUUGUUUUUUUUUUUUUUUUAGUUAACUGACAAUUUUUGUUUAUGAAAGUCAGUCAUUCGUUUUUUUCCCUCGUUGCUCAUGAUCGUUCUUAUAAUUGUACUUGUAACUAUAUAAACAAUAGUGAGUCCUUUUAGAUAAUAAGAUGUUUCCUAUAGUUUGAUCCAAUAGUAAAAGAAAAAUAGCAAGUAACUUUAACACCUGGUUGUAUGAAAAUUAUGUUUAAUUGACUCUGGGACCUUCCUAGUUUUUGUGUGACAAAAUUCCCUAAUUUCUUAAAUAAAUAUUAAACACACAAUA